AGUGGGUGGAUAGGGAGAAACAGCAGCUCCUCACGGUGAAUGCUCCCACUAUAGCCUAGCGCCACCCCUCCCACGGCGCCCUUGAGCCCUAUGAUGCCAGUAGUUAGGAGAUCUGCCUCUUCUGUCACUACUCACAUCUGCCUCUCCAUCCUCAAAGUCAGGUGUGAGGGAUGAUCCGUGCUUACAUCCCACGUUACCGCCAAGUGGAGGGUGAGGCUGGUCGUAGCCACUACGUGUACCUCCUGGAAGUUUGCUACGUGGGUCGCGUCCACAAGCUGGAAAAACGUUACUCUGCAUUUCACAGCUUGUACAAGGAGCUGCGCAAGCUGUAUCCAACAGCAGAGUUUCCACCCAAACGCUUGCGCAACACAACAGCCAAGGUGUUGGAGGCACGACGUGCAGGCCUUGAACAGUGGCUACACUGUGCGCUUACCCUGCAGCCUUCACCACCUGCCCUCCUAGCCUUUCUCCAAGUCCAUAAUUAUCAGCCACCCCUGCCUGAGUGUGAGGACAGUGGCUACGAGAGCAGUCCUGAGCACCAGCCUGUCUUGGUGUACCCACGUGAUCCUUAUCUGCCAGGCCAUUCAGCUCGCACAUCCACAUCUCGCACCCUGCCCAGCACAGUUACCAAGGGCGUCCUCACAGCUCUCUAUGAUCAAAACUUUCGCAUGCCUGUGUGAGUUGUAAGGAGAUAGGAUUGAUCUAUAGUUGUGUCUUUAUACUGAUUUCUCAUCAACAAACUGUUUCAUUGCCUCACUGCUGGUGGCAGGGGACUGGAAACAUCCUGCAGUUUCCUUUGCUAUUGUAAAUUCAUUGGCAGCUCAAUGGAGGCAGCUCAGCGUUUGAGGAUCUGGCAGGGAGUAAUGUUUGUGAUUCUUUGGUCUGCUUAUGGUUCCACCUACUUACUAAGAAAGCCCCUUGGAGUGGUUAAAGCUGACCUCCAAAAAGCAUUAGAGGUCAAUACACUUGGCUUGGGAUUGUUGGAUGCAGCCCUUCUGCUUCCUUAUGCUGGGGUGUCUCUUAUGUUGGGGUCUGUUGGUGACCAUCUUGGACCUCGAGUCACUUUAGGUGGUGGUCUUGUCAUUGCCUCAGUUGCAACAGCAUCAAUAUCAAUGUGUGAAUCAUACCCCAGUGUACUUGUACUAUUAGCUGUCAGUGGGGCUAGCCAGGCUCUUUGCUGGCCAGCCAGCUGCACUAUGCUGGCGCGAUGGUUUUCUGAUGCAGCACGUAACACUGUCUUUGGGGUUUUUGGCACCUGCUGUUUUGUGUUUGGCAUGGCUGGCACUACCUUGGCUGUGUUCUUACAAGGUAACUAUGGAUGGCGUGUUGCGUUCUUGCCACCGUCCAUAUGUGUGGCUGUGCUGGGCAUGUUGGUGCUGCAAUUUGGACGGGAUCCUGGGGAAUGGAGCCUCAUUGUGCCCGGGCGGGCCACUGCCCCUGUGGGGACAGGCAGUGAAGUCUCACUGUCCAUCCUGUCUGUGUGGCGGUUGUCCCUUGUGCCCGAAGUGUCCCUUGCCAUGUUUUGUGUUAAGAGUGUGCGUUACGCCCUGAUGUUCUGGCUACCACUCUACUUACUCCUCUCCCUUGACUACUCACAAGCAAGUGCUGGAUUGGUCUCCACAGCCUUUGAGGUGGGUGGCACUCUUGGUAGUGCUCUUGUUGGAGUGGUUGUGGACCGCUGGAUGGGUGGACGGGCCAUCCUCACAAGCGCUCUUGCAAUAUCUGCUUCUGCCCUGUCUUUACUAGCCUUUGUAAUGCUAGCCCCUUGGGGCCCUGUGUUCCAUGUGAUUUUUCUUGUUUUGGCUGGAGCCUUUAACUGUGGUCCAGAUAUCUUGCUUGCUGGCUCAGUUGCUGCAGACAUUGGGGAGCAAGUCGGCGGAGCAACGGCUGUGACUGGUGUAAUCAAUGGUAUGGGGUCAUUAGGCACAGUGUUGGAAGGUCCUUUGGUAAGCCUGGUGGCUGCCACUCUGGGCUGGAAGGCCAUGAUGCCCCUCAUGGUAAUCUUGUCAGCCCUAGGAGCCUUUGUGACUUUUAGAGCAAAUGUCAUUCAUAUGCGUAGCCUUGGGUGGGUGAAGGUACCCUCCACUGAGGUUGCAUGAGUGGUUAAUGAACAUUUCUCCUAUGAAUGUAAUAAUUACCUUUCAAUAGUGUCUACCACAAGCAGGGAAAUAGGGAUUGCCAAUUAUUACUGUGAUCUGAGGCUUAAUGUUGUAAGAUAAGGUGUGAGUGAUGAUCAUUGAUCAUAUGUAUCCAUAAUGAUUGAAAGGAUGAUACAUUGAUUAAAUGCACAUACAACAGCAUACCACACGCACAUAAGGCUAUCACUGCCUAGUGAGUCGGGUUGAGCACAGCCGUGCCAAGUCUCAGUGCACUCUGUCACUUCCAACAUGGGGGUGGUCUGGCCUGAGGUACAACAGUUCAAAAUAAUUGUUAAAAUAAAUGUUGAUAUUUUUUUCACAUUUGUUGUGAUUAGCCUUAAUUAUGGGACAUAUAGCACAAUUAGAUUUUUCAAUAUAUUUUCUGAUUUGAUAAAGGAUUGCAUGUCACUUGGGUAGUAAGAUUAAGGAGCUUUGUCACAGCACAUGUUUUAUUUUCUUCCUAGAGGGAUUAUAUAAGCCAAAGACAAGAGUCAUGAUUGAUUCAUGAUGAUUCUGAUAAAUAAAGCAAUGAUGCUUG